AUGCGGACUUAUAUCGUGUGCCUGACUCAGCAGCAGGAGCCAAUUUUGCACCGGUCGCAGUUUCAGAACGAUGGCUUGAUGGUAUUAAAUACCGGGUCGGCGACUGUGUGCAGUACCGAGGAGAAGCCUGCAGGCAGUACUUGUCCAACAAGUUUGUCAUGAUGACCAACGAGAGUCGCGAGGAGAUGUACGACAUCGACCGAAACCUCCGUGCCGCCAUGCUCUUCAUCAACGGCGCGCCGACGAUAUCACAAAAGUGCCGGCAGCUCUCGCAAGCGGUCGCCUGUCAUCACAUGUACAAAGUGUGCGAGUCGGAUACUAAUAAUCAAAUUGUUGCAAUCUGCCGCCACGACUGCGAUGUCAUUCAGGUUUGAUCUAUUCAGUCAAUCCGAUCUACUCCAACAAGCGCCCGUUUCAGAAUGACGAGUGUCCGUCGGAACUGGCCCUUGCUGCACAGCACGAGCUCGUGGGAGACACGCCGAAAGCGCUGUUCCCACUGUGCUCCCGUCUCUCCUCCACCUCGAAUUGCAUUCCAGUCAUGAACACUGCAAUCCAACCUGUAAGUCUGCGAGACUUUUCUGCGGAUCUAUGCAUCCUUUUAGUUUCAGAAUCCAGCGGCGGAAAUCAACCGAGGUCAUCUCACCCACUGGUGCUACGUGAACAGUGGCACUCAAUACGAAGGCACAGUAGCGCAGACGGCUUCCGGAAAGCCAUGUGCUCCUUGGAUCGAUUCCACCUCACGAGACUUCAAUGUGCAUCGCUUUCCCGACUUGAUGGGCGCGAAGAACUACUGCCGCAAUCCGGGAGGCAAGAAAACCAAGCCGUGGUGCUAUGCGAAGCCGAUGGGACAGGAGGAAUACUGUGAUGUUCCACAGUGUCCGAGUGACAUGUAUCCGCAUUUGAACGACAAGAAAUUGGCGGAAGGAGGCGGAAAAGGAGGAAUGAACGGAGUUUCCGAAUCGGUUACCGCUCUCUGGGACUCCCUCGACCCCACAAUGCAAGUGGCUCUCGUCGGAGGAGGCGUCUUCUUCUCUCUUCUGCUGCUGCUCCUCUUCUGCUGUGCCUGCUGCUGUCGCGCCAAGAAGAAGUCGCAGAAGUCACGUCAUCAGAACUCUUCGCAUGCUCCUCUCCACUGCUCCAGCGCUCCGUCCAUCAUCAACAGCGCCGCCAAUUCUGCCUACUACCGGAAACUGAAUGGAACUUCGACUCCAAUAAUUGGAAGAGGAGGGCCUCCUCACGUCGAAAUGGCUUCCCUUCUGCCCUCUGCUCAACACCUCGGACCACCUCCGUACCCAAUCGAACACCCACAGCAAGCCCGCCGUUUCCCUUCCCAAGAGCCGAUCGAUGACAAUUCGUACAAAGUUUUCGAGAUCACUCCGUCCCAGUUGAGCAUCCGCGAGCAGAUUGGAGACGGUCAGUUCGGAAUCGUCCACUCUGGAUUCUACACAUCGGGUCUGUUCGGUCCGGAUCCGAUGGCCGUGGCUGUGAAAAAGUGCCGACCGGAAGCGACGAAUGCAGACCGAGCUAUGCUUGAGCAGGAGAUCCGUGCAGUCGCCACUUUCGAUCACCCGAAUGUCGUCAAACUGAUUGGAGUGUGCUACAUGGAAAACAACCUUUUGGCCGUCUUCGAGUACAUGGUCCACGGAGAUCUGCACGAGUUGCUCAAAGUUCGGAUGCCGCCAGCCGAUCACGACACAAACGGAAUCAACGAGGCGAAUGCGGAGUUUCUGUACAUUGCCACGCAGAUUGCUCUCGGCAUGGAAUAUCUGACCUCAAUGUCAUUUGUUCAUCGGGAUCUGGCCACUCGUAACUGUCUCGUUGGUGACACAAGAACUAUCAAGAUAGCUGAUUUCGGACUGAUGCGGACUUCGUACGGAAAUGAUUACUACAAGGUGAGUGGUGAAGUGACACGUGUAUCAGUUCAACCAUUAUCAUUCCAGAUGCAUCACCGAUCGUGGAUGCCCGUCAGAUGGAUGUCAAAGGAAGCAAUCGAACAUGGAAGGUUCAGCGAGGCAUCUGAUGUUUGGUCGUUCGGAGUCACGCUCUGGGAGAUCUGGUCGUUCGGAAAGCAGCCGUACGAGGGAGCCAGCAACCAGCAGGUCAUCGAACUCAUCGCCAACCGUCACCUGCUCGACUGUCCGCACAACUGCCCAACGAACAUCUACAGUCUGAUGGUGGAGUGCUGGCACGAGAACAUUGACCGUCGGCCGACUUUCUCGGAAAUCCGCAGUCGCCUGCAAUCGUGGUCCCUCGCCAGUCCCGCCCACUCGAUCCUCCAGCAGCACAACAACAGAGCAGGAUCGCAUAGUGGUGAAAAAUUUCUUCUUGUGGUUCAAAUUUUAAACCGCCUUCUCAAUUGCAGGUUCUUCUGGCGCUGGCCGUCCCCCGCAUCAACGUGGUUACCCAAGCCAAAAACUUCAUCGACGUGGCGAAGGAGCAUCGCCUUUGAUGAAGCGUCACGAUCCGAACUACGCAUAUUCUGAGGACGGAGACUCCGAUUAG